AUGCUGGACUGUGGGGUUAGUGCUGGCUCGGCUUAUCGCGCUAUCUUCACGUAUCGACCGCGGCCAAUCAUUAGAGAAGACGGCGGGGCGACUCCGUCAAAAGCAUCCCCAAAUCCUAUCGACCGUCUUUCGAAGCCGUUCAAGUGCCCUGGAUCAGCAACACCCACGAGAGCGUCAGAUAAGCCGGCAAGAAAGCGAAGAAAAGUCAAUUACGCCGGAGCCGACGGAACCGCCGACGACGACGCAAAGCCGUACACCAACGAAGAACGCCUUGCCCUGGCCACCCGAGAUGUCAAUCGAUACCCUGUGUUUAAACCCAAAGACAAAGACACAGCAUUCAGACAGCAAUUCAAAAUACCCUUGAUAAAUAAGUCAUCAGACGCUUACAACUCCUCGAGACCAGCGCCGACGCUGGGCAUGAGGCAGGGCGCCACUUUUGUCGUGAAACCUCUGCAUGAUCCCAGCGGCGAGUUUGCGAUUGUACUGUACGACCCGACUGUCGACGAUGUUGAUGACGCGGAAGAACAAAAAAAGGAAGAAGAGCAGAAACCAGAAGAUGACAAACCGAAAUUGGACGAGCCGAUCGUACAUAAGAGUUUGGCGGAUAUUCUAGGUCUGAAGAAAAAGGUCGACUCUCGCCCCAAAGUUCCUGUCGUUAUCGAUCCCAGGUUGGCCAAGGUUCUCCGGCCUCAUCAAGUCGAAGGUGUAAAGUUCCUCUAUCGCUGCACGACUGGUAUGGUCGACAAGAACGCACACGGCUGCAUCAUGGCGGAUGGAAUGGGGCUCGGAAAGACGCUUCAAUGCAUCUCUUUGAUGUGGACACUUCUCAAACAAUCUCCCGAGGCUGGGAAAACCACUAUCCAAAAGUGUAUCAUUGCCUGUCCUUCUAGUCUGGUUGGAAACUGGGCCAAUGAACUUGGUAAAUGGCUUGGAAAGGAUGCGAUCACCCCUUUUGCCGUGGACGGCAAAGCUACGAAGACAGAGCUUACGACUCAGAUCAAGCAAUGGGCUAUUGCAUCUGGUCGGUCUGUUGUGAGACCUGUUCUGAUUGUGUCAUACGAAACGUUACGUUUAUAUGUCGACGCCUUGAAAGACAGCCCGAUUGGGUUGCUACUUUGUGAUGAAGGACACCGUCUCAAGAACAAAGACAGCCUAACAUGGACUGCUCUUAACAGCUUGAAUGUUCAACGACGAGUGAUUCUGUCGGGAACUCCCAUCCAGAACGACCUGACCGAGUACUUUGCAUUGUUGAAUUUUGCCAACCCCGACCUACUCGGAACACAGAACGAAUUCCGAAAAAGGUUUGAAUUGCCUAUUCUUAGAGGAAGAGACGCUGCAGGAACCGAAGAAGACCGGAAGAAGGGCGACGAGCGUCUAGCUGAGCUGUCCAGCAUCGUCAACAAGUUCAUCAUCCGACGCACCAACGACAUAUUGUCGAAAUACUUGCCGGUCAAGUAUGAGCAUGUCGUUUUCUGCAACCUAUCACCAUUUCAGCUUGACCUCUAUAAUCACUUCAUCCAAAGUCCAGAGAUCAAGAGCUUGCUGAGAGGCAAGGGGAGCCAACCUCUCAAGGCCAUCGGUAUCCUGAAAAAGCUGUGCAAUCAUCCAGACCUUCUCAAUCUUUCCAAUGACCUUCCCGGGUGCGAACACGCGUUCCCAGACGACUACGUACCCCCUGAAGGAAGAGGGCGGGACAGGGACAUAAAAUCGUGGUAUUCAGGGAAGAUGAUGGUCUUGGACCGAAUGCUCGCCCGUAUCCGCCAGGACACGAACGACAAAAUCGUCCUUAUCAGUAACUACACCCAAACGCUCGACCUUUUUGAGAAACUCUGCCGGUCUCGUGGAUAUGGCUCUUUGCGGCUCGAUGGCACAAUGAAUGUGAAGAAACGACAGAAGCUGGUCGACAAAUUCAACGACCCAGACGGAGAAGAAUUCGUCUUUCUUCUCAGUAGUAAAGCUGGUGGUUGUGGUCUGAAUUUGAUCGGCGCAAAUCGUUUGGUACUGUUUGAUCCCGAUUGGAACCCAGCUGCCGACCAACAGGCAUUGGCUCGAGUAUGGCGUGACGGGCAAAAGAAAGACUGCUUUGUCUAUCGCUUCAUCGCAACAGGCUCAAUUGAAGAGAAGAUCUUUCAACGUCAGUCUCACAAACAGUCGCUUUCGUCGUGUGUCGUGGAUUCCGCCGAAGACGUGGAGCGUCAUUUCUCCUUAGAGUCUCUUCGUGAACUCUUCCAGUUCAAGCCGGAAACUCGAAGCGAUACCCAUGACACCUUCAAGUGCAAGCGAUGCCGACCCGAUGGGACGCAAUACAUUAAAGCUCCCGCAAUGCUGUAUGGUGAUACGAGUUCUUGGAAUCAUUUUGUGAAUGACGGCGAGAAGGGGCCACUUGGUAAAAUCCAGGACUUGUUGAUGCGACAGGAGGCCGGAGAGAGAGAUGUGUCUGCGGUGUUUCAAUACAUCAGUCAUUGA